AUGAUGUCGUAUCUGAAGCAACCCCCUUACACAGUCAACGGACUGAGCCUCACCACUUCGGGGAUGGACCUCCUGCACCCAUCGGUAGGAUAUCCAGGUACGUUCACACUUCCUUUAGCGACGCCACGUAAGCAAAGGCGGGAACGAACGACGUUCACGCGCGCCCAGCUGGACGUCCUGGAGGCGCUGUUCGCCAAGACGCGCUAUCCCGACAUCUUCAUGCGCGAGGAGGUGGCGCUGAAGAUCAACUUACCCGAGUCCCGAGUACAGGUGUGGUUCAAGAACCGACGGGCCAAGUGCCGCCAGCAGCAGCAGCAGCAGCAGAACGGGGGCCAGAACAAGGUGCGGCCGGCCAAGAAGAAGAGUUCCCCCACCCGGGAAGUGAGCUCGGAGAGCGGGGCCAGUGGACAGUUCACCCCGCCGACCAGUACCACCACCGUCCCCGCUGUCCCGACCAGCACCGCGCCGGUGUCCAUCUGGAGCCCCGCGUCCAUCUCCCCGCUGUCCGACCCUCUCUCUACCUCAUCUUCGUGCAUGCAACGAUCUUACCCGAUGACCUACACUCAAGCCUCGGGCUACAGCCAGGGCUACGCCGGGUCAACCUCUUACUUUGGCGGCAUGGACUGCGGCUCGUACCUGACUCCGAUGCACCACCAGCUGCCUGGCCCGGGCUCGACCCUCAGUCCCAUGGGCACUAACGCGGUCACCAGCCAUUUGAACCAGUCCCAGGCGCCCCUCUCCACCCAGGGAUACGGGGCGUCGGGGCUGGGCUUCAACUCCACCACGGACUGCCUGGAUUAUAAGGACCAAGCGGCCUCGUGGAAGCUGAAUUUCAACGCCGAUUGCUUGGAUUAUAAAGAUCAAACUUCCUCUUGGAAAUUCCAAGUGCUGUGA